AUGUCUGCGGCCGUCAUCUCGCCUCAGGCGGCGCUCGAGGCCCUCACCAUCAACGAUUCGGGGCCCUCAACAUCCCUCAACAGCCCGACAAACGGCACCCACAGCCUCGGCGGAAGCUAUGUCGACCACCCGAACGACGACCUCGGUCUGCCCGCCGAUGCGCACGUCAUCCGUGUCCCCGAGGGCGAGCAGUACCGGGUACGCGCGCUGUACGACUUUGAGGCGACCGACGAGUCGGCCCUCAGCUUCAACACGGGCGAUGUGAUCGAGGUCCUGACCAUGCUUCCCAGUGGAUGGUGGGACGGCAUGCUGGGCAACAACCGGGGCUGGUUCCCGUCCAACUAUGUCGAGGACGUGGACGAGACCGACCUCGAGUUUUACGCCGAGCAGCGAAACGGUGCGGCCAACGACGUUCUCCGACCGCAUCACAGCCUCUCGAGCGCUGGCUGGGGUGGCGACGCCGACGGAGGCUGGGGCACCGACGGAUCCUCUACAUCACUAGACGACCUUGCCCUCGAGCUCAUGGGCAACUCGGGCACCGUGUCCCGACCACCGCUAUCGGCCAGCGUCGGAGCACCCAACGAUAACGACCCCGCAAGGCGUCGCACAGACCUCGGCCGGCGCGACACCUCCGACUUUGCUCCGCGCCGCGGCGACGCAGACCCAGACGAGACGCUGCACCCACUAAGCGGUCGAGGGGGUGGCCACAUCGAUGCGUGGAUUCCCUCUCUGACGCCAGACGGAAGGGUGUACUACCACAACACACAGACUGGAGAAGACGCUUGGGAGAUUCCAGAAGACGAUGACGCGACGUUCGCUUCAACUGGAUCAGACCCGAGCUCGAAUCUCCCCAAACGACGAGAGAGCCGUCAGGCGCUUCAAAAGGCCCAGAUCGAUGGGACGGACGACAACCGCCGGUCUCCCUCUCGCCCGAUCUCGAUGGCGUCGUCGCAUGCGUCGCGACCGCCGUCCAGCGCGCUCCUCAUGGACGACCAGUUUGGCAUCCCGCCGCGAGCAACGAGUCUGCCUCCCCCGUGGGUGGCGAGACUGACGGACGACGGGCGCGGGUGGUACUACUUCAACACUGUGACUGGCGAGCAGCGCCGCGAGCCCCCAUCGGCAAGCACACGAGAGGCAGGAUCGGAGCCGCUCCACCGCUCGAGCAUCGGAUCGACGCUUAACGCUCAGCAGGGCGCUCAGCAGCCGCGCCGCGGGACAGAGUGGGAGGAGCGGAUCCGUCAAUCACUCGCUCCCCUCGUUGUUCCCCCACCGCAGCCUACCAUGGCGAUCCUGAUCGAGGCCGUGUCGGAGGCUCUGCGCGAGGUGUUCGACGCUGCGAUCGCCGGCUCGUCGGCAGAGGAAGAGCUGCUGAUGACGCGCGAGACGAAUGUCGGCUUUGAGCUUGCCAGACGCCACGACCAGGCUUCUGUCGAGCAGGCUGCUUCGGCCCAAAAAGCGGUCAUCAGCGCCCAGUCUGGACAGGAGCCGCCGUUCGACGAGAUGGUCCGACCAAAGUGGGCCAAGGACAUGUCGCUCGUUGGCUCGCUCGGCUUGCUCGCGCUCACGACACACAACGCCAUCACUGGCCCGAGGAGCGAGGAGCACGGAUCCUCUGCCUGGACCGAUGUCUUGCGUGCCGCGACCAAGCUUCGAGUCGUGGUGGAGGCAUUCCCGGGCUUGGCGCAUCCUGACACGCCCCCGCCCGAGCGCGACGCCCUCGAGGGUGGCCGGCUUGCAGCCUGGUUCGGCGUCGACAACCUGGGCGAUUUCAUGUCCGGGCGCUUCGGUUUCGGUCACAUUGUGGACCCGCAUCUGCGCCCGCUCGACCAGGCUGCUGUCGUCGAGGUGCAGAAGAUCAAGGCCGAGGUCGAGGCUGCGCUCCGCGCGACUGCGACCGGCCAGGACGACAGCAUCCUCGAGAUUCUCCGUGCUGUGACGCACUACCGCGAUGCCGUCGGCCACAUUGACAUUGCCGUCACGAUCGACCUGGACGGUGACGCUUCCACGCCCAACGGCACGGACGCCGCGAAUGCCGACGACCAGAAGGCGUACAACGAGCUCAUCAGCAAGGCGCGCCAGACGCUGCGUGACCUCGACGCUGCUUCUCGCUCGCUCGACUCGGUCGCAGCCGAUCUCUUCCUCCGAAGCGAAGGCAACGGCACGAGCCAGAUCCGAGACACGAUCAACUCAAACGUGGCGUCCAUCCUGCGAUCGCUCCAGGGUCUGCUUCUCAUUUCGCAGCAGCAGGCGGCCAGUCUCGAGCACGGCGUCGUCCGCGGCGCCCUCGGCCACCGGUCCCCGACCAAGGUCGGUGCGAUUCGCGCGGCUGCCGAGUCGGCUGCAAGCCCGAUCAAUGCGACCGUCAACCGCGUCUCGACCCCGCCCGACCGCAACCGCACGCAGUCAAUCUCGUCCACUGCCUCGAGGCUGUCGCGGCAGUCUAUGCCAGGCCACAUCCGCGGCCCCUCCACCGCCGACACGCACCGCACGCGGCCGUCAGGAUCCGAGCAGGAGCUGCUGGAGCAGGUGCAGCCGAGCCGCAAUGCCGACGAUAGCAAGCGGCGGUCGAUCCUAUCCACGAUCGGGUCCAAGUCUGGCCACUCGCCGUCCGCGAGCCAGACGAGUCUGUCGACGUCGGCGCGCCGCGAGGCGUCGAGCUCGUCCACGUCGCUGCCGUACCCGCACCCCGAGCUGGAUGCGACGAGCAUCCGCAGCUCGAACCGCGCGAGUAUCCUCAAGGCGGUCCCGAGCUUCCUCCGCAACCGGUCCGGCAGCGAGAUCGAGCCCGAGGAUGCGGCGCGCGCCAGCAAAAAGUCGAAGAAGCUGUCCAAGAUUCUCGGCGAGGAAAUCGGCAUCCACCGCUCGUCGAGCAGCCAGUCGUCCUCGCGCGCCCCGCUGUCGCCGAUAACGACGGCGCCGAGCAUUCCGGCCCCGAUGCCGCCGCCGGCCGCGGCGCGCGCAGGUCAGGCAGCGUGGUACCUCGAGACAGACUAUCCGCCGGGAGAGAUUGUGUUCGACGACCGAGGCAAUGUCAAGGCGGGCACGAUCCGUGCGCUCGUCGAGCGCCUCACGCCGCACACGGCGGCCGACACGGCCUACUUCCAGGCGUUCAUGCUGACGUACCGAUCGUUCGUCACGACCGACGAGCUCGUCGAGCACCUGAUCCGGCGGUACCACGUCGAGCCGCCUGCGGACCUGAACGAGGAGCAGCUCAAGGAGUGGAGGUUGCGCAAGAUGACGCCGAUCCGGCUGCGUGUCGCCAACACGUUCAAGGCGUGGCUCGACAACCAGUUCAUGGAGGACCGGGACGGACACGCGCUCGACGUCGUCGAGGAGUUUGCGCGCACGACGCUCGUCGCGAACGGCAGCGAGCUCAUGUCCAAGCAGCUGCUUGCGCUCAUUGAGCGAAGACGGCGCGGCGACUCGACGGCCCAGGCGCGCCGUGUCGUCAUGGGCGCGGUUCUGCCUUCGCCGGCACCCAUCUUCCCGCGUAUCCUGGGCGGCAAGCCGCUGUUCGUGCUCGACAUUCAGCCCCUCGAGUUAGCGCGUCAGUUAACGAUCAUGGAGGCCAACUCGUUCCAGCGCAUCAAGACGGCCGAGUGCCUGAACAAGGCGUGGCAGUCGACGGACCAGGCGCCCAACAUUCACCACGUCACGGACCUGCACAACCGCAUAUCGUGCUGGUGCGGGUCGCUGAUCUUACAGCAGGGCGACCCCAAGAGCCGCGCCAACGUGCUCAAGUACUUUAUCAAGGUCGCGACCGAGCUGCGUACGCUGAACAACUUUGCGUCCAUGGCGUCCAUCAUUGCGGGUCUGAACCUGUCCCCGAUUUCUCGACUGAAGCAGUCCUGGGCCCAGCUCAGCGAGAAGCUGCUCAAGGAGUGGGGCAUGCUCGAGAAGCUCUUCGACAGUACGAAGAACUUUGCCCGCUACAAGGAGCUGCUCAAGAUGAUCAACCCGCCAUGCGUGCCGUUCUUUGCGUUCUACCAGACCUCGCUCGUCUUCAUCGAGGACGGCAACAAGGACAAUGUGCCGCUGCCCUCGUCGCAGCCCAUGUCCCCGACCAGCUCUGGAGGGCACUCGAUGCGCGACAGCACGACCUUCAGUGUCCUCAGUGGCGCGACGCCCACGAGCCCCGCAGCGAACAGGGACGGAAGGGACGGAAGGGACGGCGAGCCGCGGCCGAUGCUGAUCAACUUCUUCAAGCGCCAGCUCACGGCGGAUAUCCUGAGAGAUAUCCAGCAGUACCAGAGCCAGCCGUACAACCUCGCUGUGUGCAAGCCCGUGCAGCAGUACAUUGAGCAGGGGCUUGCCGAGGUCGAGAUCAGCAUUGACGUGCUGUACGAGCUGUCGCUCAAGGUGGAGGCGAAGCAGCAGGCCUAA